AUGGCCCUUCCAAAACCCUCUGUAACCUACGUGGACUAUAUACAGGAUGAGGAACCACCAACCACACAAAUACCCAAAAAGAAACGCCUGACAAAAGCCGAGAAAAAGGAACAAAAACUAAAGGCUCAAAUGGAAUUUCGAAAACUGGAAAUGAUUGACCACUUGAAACGAGAGCUGGCUUUGUCCAAGAAAACUUCUUUGCGGAAUCAAAAAAUGUGGAUGGAUAUGUGUAGGGAAAUCAAGUUGGUACAAAUGAAAGAGGAACUAAGGUCCUGGGAAGUAAAGACCAAUCGGGUCCUAACACAAAAGGAUGAGAAAAUUGCUUUAAUUCUAAAGGAAAUCAACGAAACUGAGGAAAUGCAUCAGCGGAACUUUGGCAAUCAAAUGAAGACCAUGGACUAUUUAGAGGCUAUUUUCAAGCUAUUCCAAAACGUGACCCGGCUUCACUAUGAAGAUCAGGCAAGGGAAAUACUCCACGACUUCUUCAACGAAACUGAAGAAAGCAAAAAAAUUGUAAAUGCUUAUCAAGCGAACUGUGAAAAUAUUCUGCAUGCCACAAAUCUCACAACCUCGCAAACCCUACAAGAAGACUUCGAAAUCUAUCUGGACAAACGUAACGAUCUGGUCAAUAAUGAAAUAGAAAAACGUUACAACUUACGUGAUUCGGUGGCAAAGAAAAUGGAAAAAUUACACAAACAAUUAUUGGAGUUUUUAGAAGCACUACAUAAUGCGUCCUUGGAUCCGCAUAAGGAUCUAAAGGUCCGAACAUUAAUGGAACGUCAAAGGACAUUUGUCAGCGAAUCGAAGAAGUUGAAUGACACGGAGUCGCAAUUUACAAGACAGAAUGAGGAACUACAGGGGGAACUGAGGAGAGUGGAAGCUGAGGCCGAGUUGAAAAUCAAAGAAUUAAAAUUGGAACAAAAAUAUUUCACGGAUUUACGCAAGGAUAUUGAAAGCCGCAUGCACGCGGAUGGUUUGCAGAUGCAUGAAAAAUUGAAAAUAUUGACCACAGAAUGUUAUGGAAUUUUGAAGUCAUACCAACAACUACAAAAAUAUGGCGAACUUCUAUUAUCGCUGGCGGCAAAUUGUCGAAAACUUCAAACCGAAUCCGAAAAAGUGGUGCCUUGGGGUGAUUUUCGUGAAACAGAAUCGGAUAAUUUUCCCCAGGAAGAUUUCACUCUACAAACUGUGGAUCUACAAUCUCAUGUCGAUAUAAAUGAAGGCGACUUAAAACAGCAAAUUGAAUUGAUGCGUAACUUUUGGCAACGUCAGGCCAUAGCCGAGGCUCAGGCUAUCCUAUUGGAAAAACAAAAACACGAAUUACUCCAUGAGAAUGCAAUUUACAUAGAGAAAAUUAAAUCGCUCAGUAAAACCGAUAAUGUUGAGGACCUGCGAAAGACCUUACAUGUUCAGUGUGUACUCGAGGAG